UCAACUACUAUAAAUAAUACCGAACUCUUAGACUUUCCAUCAUCAGAUUUUACCUUAUCCUGAAAAAGAAAAAAAAAACCAUAUUUCAAAUGGCGAGAACUACCCUAUCAACCUUCAUCAUGAUGGCCUUUGUGUUAGCUGUUUUCCUCAACAUUUCAGCCCCUGCGAUUGCUGUUGACGAUACAUGUAAGACGGGUGGCGAGUUUUGCGGAGGCAUAGUUGGAUUUCAAUGUUGUGAAGGAUUAGACUGCAUUCUUGAAGGUGAUUUUCCUGAUGCGGGUGGAGAAUGUAAGCCAACAAGCACAUGUCCGACUGUUGGUCAAUUUUGUGGCGGUAUAAUUGGAAUUCAAUGCUGCAAAGGACUAGCAUGUGUGCUUGAAGAUGAAUCCGCGGAUGCAGGUGGAACAUGUACGUAUACGAAGCCCGGCAAGCCCCUAAAAACCAAGUGAUUAAAACGCUAGUCGCUAGUUUCCACUGAAUAUGGAACGAAGUGCUUCUAAUGUUUUUAAGUUGCAUCUGUAAUUCUCUUUGUUAUAAAAUAAAUUUACUCAA